CAGAGUGAAACAUGAGGAGGAUGUUACUGUGAAAGAAGAGGAGGAUGUUACUGUGAAAGAAGAGGAGGAUGUUACUGUGAAAGAAGAGGAGGAUGCAGUUUUUGGAGUGAAGAUGGAAGGGGAGAUUACUGUCACAUUGAAAGAUGAAGAGGUGGAGAUAGGAGAUCCGAUUAACAUCAGAGAGAGAAGUGACUACCAUGGGUCCUCUGGGGAGCCUCAACAAAAUCAUGAUGCUGACAUGGCAGAGAAGAGUCUCCCCAGAUCAAAACACCUCAAGAAACACCAGCGGAAACCCACAGGGAAGAAAUCUCAUUGCUGCUCUGACUGUGGGAAACAUUGCAAGUCUUCAUCAGAACUUAAAAUACACCAGCGAGUACACACAGGAGAGAAAUCUUAUAGAUGUACUCAAUGUGGGAAGAGUUACUUGAGAUCAAAAUCACUAAAAGUACACAUGAGAAUUCACACAAGAGAAAAAGCUUAUAGCUGUGAUCAAUGUGGGAAGAGUUUCACUACAUCUAGCUAUCUGACAAUACACCAGAGAACACAUACAGGAGAGAAACCGUAUAGCUGUACUCAAUGUGGAAAGAGUUUCACUCAUUCAAGCAACCUGUUAUCGCACCAGAGAAAACACACAGGAGAGAAAUCUUAUAGGUGUGAUCAAUGUGGGAAGAGUUUUACUCAGUCAAGCAACCUGGUAUCACACCAGAGAACACACACAGGAGAGAAACCUUAUACCUGUGCUCAAUGUGGGAAUAGUUUUACUACGUCUAGCCAUCUGAUUGUACACCAGAGAACACACACAGGAGAGAAACCUUAUAGCUGUACUCAAUGUGGGAAGAGUUUCACUCACUUAAGCAGCCUGGUAUCACACAAGAGAAAACACACAGGAGAGAAACCUUAUAGCUGUGAUCAAUGUGGGAUGAGUUUUACUACAUCGAGCCAUCAGAUUGUACACCAGAGAACACACACAGGAGAGAAACCUUACAGCUGUACUCAAUGUGGGAAGAGUUUCACUCACUUAAGCAGCCUGGUAUCACACAAGAGAAAACACACAGGAGAGAAACCUUAUAGCUGUGAUCAAUGUGGGAUGAGUUUUUCUACAUCUAGCCAUCAGAUUGUACACCAGAGAACACACACAGGAGAGAAAUCUCAUAGCUGUGAUCAAUGUGACAAAAGAUACUCUGAUAAAAGAUCUCUGAUCAAACAUCAGAAAAUACAUACAUGAAGGAGUUGUUUCAUGAUAUCAAUUAAAUAAUGUCACAAUGUAGAAUGUUUUACAAAAUUGUAGUAGCAGUUUUUUAAUGAUGUCACAAUGUAUAACCCUAAACGUUUGCCCCCUGUUAAAUUGAUUUCAGCAUGAUAUGGAUAUUAGCCUCAUCAAUGGAAAUUGUUUUGUACUUUGCUCAGUUAUUCUUUCCCUCGAUCCUGACUAGUCUGCCAGUCCCUGCCACUGAAAACAUCCCCACAGCAUCAUGCUGCCACCACCAUGCUUCACCGUAGGGAUGG